AUGAGGCUCAUCAACGUCCAGACCCUGCAGAUCGAGGAUUUCUCGCUGAAAUCAGUCCCUCCAUAUGCGAUUCUUUCGCAUACUUGGGGAAAUGACGAAAUCACACUCCAAACAUGGUGUUCGCCAUGGCAAUGGCCGCUGCUGAGGAUGCGAGACAACAAAAUCACACGGACAUGUCGGCUCGCGAAGGACCAUCAUCUGGGAUACGUAUGGAUAGAUACUUGCUGUAUUGAUAAAACGAACAGUGUGGAGCUCAGUGAGGCCAUCAACUCGAUGUUUAGAUGGUAUCAGGAGGCUUCAAUAUGUUUUGUCUACUUGUCCGACCUUCCGGAUACUGCAGACCUGCACACAGGCUUUGCACGUUGCCGCUGGCACAAAAGGGGCUGGACAUUACAAGAGCUGAUAGCCCCAAGAAGGGUCGAAUUCUACGACCAGGCAUGGCGUCCUCGAGGAAGUAAAAACGAACAUCAGGGACUUCUGUCGAAAUGCACGGGGAUUCCUGGACCUGUUCUCUCAGGCGAACGGCGACUAGAUGCAUGCUCCGUCCGCGACAGGUUGUCAUGGGCAUCACAUCGCGAAACCACAAAGCUGGAGGACGCUGCCUAUUGUCUGCUUGGGGUUUUCGACGUCCACAUGCCUUUGAUAUACGGGGAAGGCCAAAAUGCGUCCUACAGACUCCAAGAGGCUAUCAAAAGUCGUUACAAGCAGAGGUCCGAGUCGGCACAAACCCAUAUAAUACAGCAUUCUCACAGUACUACCAGCCGCUUGGGAGCAAAAUCCCCGACUUUAGCCAUGUGCGUCCCGCCUGAAUUGAUAAUCUCCUGUUUCAAGGCAGACCUGUAUCCCGCGAAUCUCAUGGAUCCGAAGAAUGCCCGGCAGCUCGCGCAACGCAGAGAGAUGCCCGAAAGUGCUAUUGGUUAUCUCUGCAACGAUGACCUCUCAUCCGUGCAUGUCAGGUUUGCUGAUCUCCACGCAAACCGCGGCAAUUAUAGUUACCGGAAUGUGUGUGAUGAAGUAGGAUUGGCAGAGCAGCUGGGCGAUGAAUCGGCUCUUAUACCGCCUAGAGAUAUCAUAACAAGGGCGGAUCCACGAAGCAGGUUCAUAUUCCUUGUGGCGUCUCCUCGAGCCAACGCUCUUCGAAUCACAAAAAGAAUGCUCUUUCGCGUCCUCACGCACCAUCAGGUGCCGGCGCAGCAUCUGAACUUGCUGUUCUUGUUCACCCAGCACAAUACCUUGAACGGGGUCCGACACGAUUCUUUCUGGGGCCAACUAGCCUUUGGGAAGCCGCUGCCAGGAUUAGAGGCACCCGACCUUGGUAGAUCUGGCAGGCAUUACGAGAUUUCCUUUAACCUAAAGGGCGCCGACCUCGCAAAUGUUGGCUUUUGUGAUCCCGCCCACAAUUGGUCUAUAUAUAAUGCCGCGAUAUAUCAUAAGUUGGACACCGUCCACGGCACCACCGUCUGGAUAAUCACCACUCCUGAGGGAAAUCUCAGCCAUUCUGUCACGAAAGCGACGUUCGACUCUGAUGAUAUUGAAAGACGGUCAUCUGGAACCCCUGCUGAAUGCUACAUUUCGAGCCUCAAAGUUCAUACCACCCUUGCACGCUGGGCCGGGGAGUCGUGGUGUGCCUAUUUCCAGUGUUUAGGGGAACUCGUUCAAAACAAGGCAUUGCUUUCCCGAGACUUCUUGAAAACGCGUUCGGCUGUUCUGACGGAUUCGAAGGCGACGUACACCAAAGCCGACCUAAAGACGGUCCAAAGUUAUGGAGAGAGAGUUUCGGAGGCUGUCGCCGCACUAGAGACGAAUCUUCGCAUAUUACAGGCUCUUCGCACCUUUUACGAGAAGUUGAUCGUCCACAAAGAGUUUCCCUUCGCACAUGAGGUCCUACAAGCCACCCUAGACUUUUACAGUGAGCUGCAGGAUAUAAUCCGUGACUUUGAAGGCCUGAUAUCAUGGGGGGCCCUACUCACGAGUUUGGCUAGAGAACGAAAAGGGCUUAUGUUGGAACUCAUGCACGCUCAAACUUCCGAUCGAUCCCUUGAAUUGACUAAGAAGAGUGCGGAGGAGGUGGUUACAUUGCGCAUCCUCACCAUGGUGACGCUCGUCUAUUUGCCGGCAACGUUCGUUUCAGUAAGCAUAAUGCCUGUAAAGAGCGCUUGA